GCCGCAGAUGACCCGGCUUUGACCAGUCACGUACCGCCAGCCUCAUUCGAUGCUGCAGCAGGAUACUGUAGUAGGAUACUGUAGUCGGACCUACAGACGGACAGACCUAUAGACGGAUAUCUCUCUGCCCUUUUGCGCACCCUUGCAGCCUACGUGCUUGCGAUGUUCUGACAACACUGUGGGCUUGGCUUGCAGCCCCCUGCGUUCUUCCGGCGAGUUAUCUGCGCCACUCGCGUAUAAAUAACCAGCAGGCGCGUCUACCUGCGCACUCUAAUCCUCGAUUCCGUUAUGCAAACCCCGUUGGAAAGAGCGAGUGAACUGAAGGCAUGAACAGAAAGCAAGAGAAAAUAAAAAUGUUCCCGAGGAGACGAAGAUAUUAAUAUUCUUAUAAACUUAUUUCUUCUCGAGGUCAGAGUUUAUCAGCCGGAUAGACAGGAUAGACAGGAAGCACACUGAACUCUCAUCUGGUGGUGCAGCAGUGGCCUAGAAACAGGCAAACACGUGUGGCGCUCGUCUGGAAUUCAGUACGAGAAGGCCAGGCAUAACAUCACCCUCUAGUUUUCGACAAAUGCCAACACCGUCUGCCUUUCUCUGACAUUUCAGCUCGUUAGAUUCUCAUAUUCUGAUGACAUUCUGCUUUUACAACUUUAGAACACGACUUCUGCCAGUCAACCUUUCAGAUCUUUCAACAGAAAAAAUAAACAUAACAACAAGACCUGGUUGUGCAUACUCCAUCCCACUGCUAACUUCCCAAGCAGUUGUGUGAUCACAAGCAGAUGGGUAACAAACACAGCGUUCGCUUGAAGCACAGCGAUGUCCGAGAGACUUACUCUAAGAAACGUUUCCGAGCUCUCAACGAAAGCUUGUCCAAGAGUCAGAACGAUGUGUCUUCGUGCGCCGUCCGCAAGGUGGACGAGGACUCGUCAGCACGAGGAGCUCAUCAAGGACAAUCAGGAAAUCGUUGUGGAGAGGAACGGUGCGCGCGGUAACAUGGCAGGCAGGUACGAGAGGUCGUCUUCGCACUAUGAUGACGUCGACUUCCGGGCCAGGCGAGAGAACCCGGCUAAGUACCGCUUCCAGUUCGAGAAUCUCGUCUUCGAAGGCGGCGGAAACAAGGGUUUGGCUUAUUGCGGGGCAGUGAAAUAUUUGGAAGAGCUUGGCCUGAUGGAGCAGAUUAAAAGUUUUGCUGGCAGCAGCGCCGGAGGCAUGAUGGCCGCUUUAUUAGCUCUUGGGUAUAAGGCUGACGAGGUCGAACAGUUCCUCAGCGACAGAAUCGACGAAAUUUUUAUAGAUCACUCCUGUGGCUACUGUAGCCUGCUGCCCAACCUGUUACGAGAUUUCGGCUGGAACCCUGGCAAAAAAAUCUACAACUGGUUUGGCGACAAAGUGAAGAGCAAGACCAACAAUGCGGACCUCACAUUCAAAGAAUUAUAUCACCUCAAUGGAAAAAUGUUAUGCAUCGUCGUGACCAACCUCAGCCAGAUGACAACGGAGUACUGCCACCCUAAGACUACACCGGACAUGCCUAUUAGGGUAGCUGUGCGCAUGUCUAUGGCUAUUCCAGGAAUGUUCUCUGCACUGCGGUACGACCACUAUGGACAGAAAGAUGUGUAUGUGGAUGGUGGAGUGCUGUGUAACUACCCUAUCCACUGCUUUGACGGUUGGUAUCUGUCGAUGUCACCGGAAGAUUCAUUUGUGCGCCGCUUACAACCUUUACAAGAAAUACCCAUCAUCAUGGAGCGGAACAACCGCUUUGGUGCCUUCAACAACAAGACACUGGGCAUGCUUUUAUAUGCAGAUGGCGAGGACGAUAUCUUACGAUACAACCUGGAGAAACGAGCAGACUGCCUUAUUCCUCGAGAGCCCAAAUCAAAAACUAAGUUAUACCUUCAGCGACAAAAAGAAGCCAAGGUGAAGGAGCGGGCCCAGAGAGAGCACGGAAAGGUUGUGCAAGCGGUAGAUAACUUCUUAAAAGUCUUGAAGAAACACAACAUUGACCAGAAUGAUGUCAUCAGCAUAAGUGAAUUGGACAAUGCUUUCAAGGACAACGAGUUUCCCAAAGCACAAGCCGAGCUGUUGUUUGGUAGCAAUUUCACUGUUCAGAAGGCCUUUGACCUGCUAGACCGAGACAAAAAUGGCAAGAUACGCUACGACGAACUGGUUCACUUCAUAGAAGCAAAUGGAGUGUGUUUACAGACCCGUUUCGUGGGAUACCAACGCAAGGAAAUAAAGAACUUUGUGAACUUCCUAGAUAUGCUCCAGAAUACACUUGUAUUCAAUGUUAAAAAACUGUAUGUGGAGUCACGUGACUUGGACCGAACAGUUGGCAUCAACACUGGUCACGUCUCUACCACAGAUUUCGUUCUGGAGGAAGCGGACAGAGAAUUCGUAGUACAGCGUGGAUACUUCGCUAUGCGUUCGUUUCUACGUUAUUACGUUGUGAACAACCGAGACAUGGUUGAGAGGAAAGAAGAAGACCGGUCCACCUUACCGCCCCUCCUUGAAAAUGAACUCCCAGUGCCAUCAUAAACAUCCAACAAUGUAGGCUCAGGACUUCAGAAAUGUUCAUCGUCUUGUCGUCGCCUUUCAUCGACUCGUCGUAGAGACACACUGAAGGCAGCUAGGAAGACAGACGACUGACAAAUUGAAAUCUGUGGUCAGAUUUGAUGAUGGUGUUGUUGUUGUUGUUGUUGUUAUUUUCUAUGGUUGCGAACAGUAGCGUAUUCGACAGAAGGCCAAGACUUCCCCUACUGACACAUAUGUGCCUGAAAUAUGUCUCUGUCCUUUUCCUUUUCCUUGUGUCUUUUUCAUGGAUCAUGGUCUCAUAUUUUAAGUGUUGUGUUCUCUAUUUUUAGAGAGGAACAUGCGAUAAUUUUUUCGUCUUUAUUUUACUUCUUAUAGGGAAGUGUUUUAAAGUUGUAAAACAUGAUUAAAGCAGGUUAACAUACA